AUGUCCGCAACUAGCCCGCCAUUGAUGUCUUCCGGUAAUUCGCCCCAUGUCAAAUCGCAAGGCUCGGCCAAAGAACGAGCGGUUGCGGUCGAACGAAUGCAAAAAGAAGCUCUGGCUGCCCUUCCGUUGAAUAGCCUAUACAUUGGCCUUUGGAUCCGGUCCGACCCGCCCGUGGCCAACGAUUUUCACUGGGCUUAUUACUUCCACUCACGCCCCCUGGGAGGAACCAAGUAUCACAUUCGGAACCUGGGGAGCGGAUGGAUUGUCGACCACGAGCCGACAAACGGUAUUUUCGGAGCCAAUUUUCUCUGCGUUCUCAUCGAAAUCGCAACCGUGCCAGAAACGAAGCAUGGCGAACUGGACCAGAUCAUACGAUCGUAUGAUGCAAAUGUCAAUUCGAUUCCUGGCGUUACCUGCAGGGUGUGGUUGUUGGAGGUUGCGCAGAAGUUGAUCGACCAUGGGAUCAUUCACUGCAACAGUCAUCUUGAGCUGGGACAGGAGUGUAUGGCAAUCGGGAAUCAGCAUAUGCAUGGGGCCUCCAUUAACGAGCAGCCACGCCCUGUCGUCAAAUCACGGCUGUGCCAUUGA